GCAAAACUUCCUUUCUCUCCCUGUUCGCUCUUACCGUUAUUCAAGCAAUACAUCAGAGCAGUAGGUUCUCCCUCCACCUCCAUCCUCUCAACCAUCCUCACCCUCAUCAUCAUCCUCAUCUGCGACAUCCAACUGACCUCCAUCUCCCGCAGAUUCAUUCUCUCACGAGACAAACAAUAACCCCACACACAACCGUCAAUCUACAUAACCGCCAACAUGGGGUGAGUCAAUCCAUCAAUCCUCUGCGCACUCCCUCGAGCAUCUGCCAUCAAAGCAUCGCAUCGAGGGCUGCUUCUAUCACGAUGGAACAUCUGCUAACCAUUGCUUUCGCACUGCAGUAAGGAGAAGGCCCAUAUCAACGUCGUGGUCAUCGGCCACGUCGAUUCCGGAAAGUCAACCACCACUGGUAAGCACAACCUCGACCUCGCACGACGAGAUGGCGCACUUCGAACACCCAGCUUACAAUACAUACAGGUCACUUGAUCUACAAGUGCGGUGGAAUUGACUCCCGUACCAUCGAGAAGUUCGAGAAGGUAAGAUCCCGACGCUUCGUCGCUUUUCCUUUGACCUUUGAAUUUUCUUAUCGCAAAUUUUGCCCCUCGGUGGGGGGCUAGCCCCGCUUCACCACCAUCAAAUUUUCCUGAGCUCGGGCCUUUUCUUGCACAACGGCAGAUCCACCCGCACGCCCCACGCCACCACAGCUUGGCCUGAGCUUCCUUGGGUGGUGGUCUUGCUUGACAACCUCAUCGUCGCACAUCACCACCACCUUUCUUCUAUCUUCGUCAUCUCCUCAUUCCUGCAUUAUUUUAUUCUCAUGACCAUGGCUAACAGCAAUUGUAGGAAGCUGCCGAGAUGGGUAAGGGUUCUUUCAAAUACGCCUGGGUUUUGGACAAACUCAAGGCUGAGCGUGAACGUGGUAUCACCAUCGAUAUCGCUCUCUGGAAGUUCGAGACUCCUAAAUACAACGUCACCGUCAUUGGUAUGCUCUACCUUCACACCUCUUGUCUCUUCUGCCUGCUAAUUGUUCCUCCACAGACGCCCCUGGUCACCGUGAUUUCAUCAAGAACAUGAUUACUGGUACCUCCCAGGCCGAUUGCGCCGUUCUCAUCAUUGCCGCUGGUACUGGUGAGUUCGAGGCUGGUAUCUCCAAGGACGGUCAAACACGAGAGCACGCCCUCCUCGCCUACACCCUUGGUGUCAAGCAACUUAUCGUCGCCAUCAACAAGAUGGACACCACCAAGUGGUCCGAGUCCCGUUUCCAAGAAAUCAUCAAGGAGACCUCUUCCUUCAUCAAGAAGGUCGGAUACAACCCAAAGACUGUUGCCUUCGUUCCUAUCUCCGGAUUCAACGGUGACAACAUGAUCGACGUCUCCACCAACUGCCCAUGGUACAAGGGUUGGGAGAAGGAGACCAAGGCUGGAAAGUCUUCCGGAAAGACCCUCCUCGAGGCUAUUGAUGCCAUUGACCAACCUUCCCGCCCAACUGACAAGCCACUCCGUCUUCCUCUCCAGGAUGUUUACAAGAUUGGUGGUAUUGGCACAGUGCCAGUCGGACGUGUCGAGACCGGUGUCAUCAAGGCCGGUAUGGUCGUCACCUUCGCCCCAGCUGGUGUCACCACUGAAGUCAAGUCCGUCGAGAUGCACCACGAGCAGCUUGUCGAGGGUCUCCCAGGAGACAACGUUGGUUUCAACGUCAAGAACGUCUCAGUCAAGGAAAUCCGUCGUGGUAACGUCGCCGGUGACUCCAAGAACGACCCUCCAAAGGGUGCCGAGACCUUCGAUGCUCAAGUCAUCGUUCUUAACCACCCUGGUCAAGUCUCUGACGGAUACGCUCCAGUCUUGGAUUGCCACACUGCCCACAUUGCCUGCAAGUUCAAGUCCAUCAACCAAAAGAUUGAUCGUCGUACUGGUAAGGCUCUUGAAGAGAAGACUGAUGACAAGAAAUUGAUCAUCAAGUCCGGUGAUGCUGCCAUCGUCACCAUGGAGCCUUCCAAGCCCAUGUGUGUUGAGGCAUUCACUGACUACGCUCCCCUUGGACGUUUCGCCGUCCGUGACAUGAGACAAACCGUCGCUGUCGGUGUCAUCAAGUCCGUCAAGAAGGUCGACAAAGCCGGCAAGGUCACCAAGGCCGCUGUCAAGGCUGGUGCCAAGAAAUAGAUGUGUUUUUUUCUUCGGUUCUCUUUUUUUCAUCUCUGUGUAGCUGGAUGGUUUGUACCUUUGCAUCUAGUGGAGGUGGUUAGGGCUGGGAAAUAGAUAGUCUUUUGCGCCAUGAAAAAAUGUGACCACGAAUAAAAAUUAUGACCAUA